AGAGGGGCAGCAAAGAGCAGCGGCUUCUUGGGACAGCGAGAAUUAAAACAGCAGAAGAAGAAACAGGCUGCUUCUUCCACGUGAGAGAGUCAGCAUGUCUCCACCAGGAGGGAAGAUCAACAGACCCAAAACUGAGCUGGGGAGGAAGCUCUUUAAACGGCGGCGUGUCCUGAGCAGAGAGAAGAGGAAGAGACAUCUGAUCGUCGGCGCAGUGGUUGAUCAGGGUCUCACCACCGUCCAUCACCUGAAGAAGAGGAAAUCGAGUGCACGAGCGAACAUCACUCUGUCCGGGAAGAAGAGGAGGAAGCUGCUGAAACAGCUGCAGCACAUGCAGCAGGAGAAGGCUGGGAUGGAUGUUGAAGCACAAACGGCACCACCGGAGAAAAAACCAGAACCAUCAACCGCUCCAACCAAGACGAAGAAGAAGAGGAAGAAGAACGCUGCAGCUGGAGCACAGGCGGACGUAGAGAUGGCGGACAUUGAAUGAAGGGGUGACAGUGUUAUCUGGUGUUUCUCUGUGGUGUUUUCAAUGGACGAUUUAGACGCAGUUCAUGUUUGAGCUCUGAAAUACUGAUCCCCUGUCUGGUUUCUGUGAACACGGGAUUAGUUUGUCAGGUGGAUGCUGAUGUGUCAGCACCUGAGGUGGUGUCUUUUAUGAAAAACUGCUGCAAAGAUUCAGAGAUACAAAGGAGUGAGAGAGACAUUUAUCAUAAAGAGAUUAAGAUAUGAGUCUCAACAUUACUUCAUUAAAACAAAAUGAUACAUAAAGAUCUCAAAACUGUGAAAGUUUUAGAUUCAAAAGAGAUUUUUCCUUCUGUCUUAGUGAAGACAUAAGUCAAAGUCAAGAAAUCAAAUCUGAUUAUCAUUAUAACUCAAAUGUUACAUUUGUACCUGCUGCCUCAUCAUUUUAAAGCAGUGAAUGUAAAUACAGAAUGUCCUUUCAGUCAUUACUUUAGAGGAACUCUGAAUAUUCAAAGAGAGAAAUACCAGCAUGUGAUUUUGAUGUAAGGACUCUUUUUCUUCACUAUCUCCUGAUGUUGUUGUAAAAAGUUUGACAGAGUUAGAUUCCAGAGUUGAACUUUAUGAGUGCACGCUGUAUUCUGAUUCUGUUUAAGGUUUUGUUAACAUCACACGUCUUAAAGGUCCUUUUGAGUAUGUAAAAACAUGUAUGAAAACAGGAGUGACGUUCUCUCCUCUGAUGACUUAUUAAACAGGUAAUCAAUAAUUCA